GUGCUUCGAGGUGUCACCGUUGAGCACCACAGAGCACAAGACAUUGUGCACUGAAAAGAAUCGGUUUGCAGGCUGGGAAUGCAUGUCCAAUUCCAGGGCCUCUCGCCCUCUCUGCUGCUUGAGGAAACUUGAUAAUAGUGUGGCUUGGUCCGAGAUGUAAUGUAUAUUUGCUUUAUCUCAGAGAUCAUUGAAAGCAAAUUGCAGUAUAAAUUUUGUGUGCAUGUUAGAUUUUGUGUUUAUUUGAAUGGACGUCUCUGACCUUUCAGAAGUUAGACUUUGUCAGAAGGAGAGGGGACGGUAUCAGAGCAUACAUGAGUGUCUGAUUUUACCAGACAAUAACAAUUUUUUCUGGCAUUAACUUUAAUUUUUUAUUGGAAAGCUAGCUGAGUUUUUUGGUUUUAUUAUUUUUCAAUUAAAUUACACUUGAUUUUAUUUAAACACUUAAUUUUGGAUCACAUCUCAGGAAUUAUUGUUUGUUUGUUUUUGUUAAACAUGACUGGUUUGUGACAUCAUUUCGUAAGUGUGAUCCCUGACAUGAAAAAGUAAACCUAAAUUAGCUGAAAGUAAAUACUGAGAAUGACUUUUUUUCAUUUCCAGUGAUGCAGCACAAAGUGCUAAAGGCAGUUUGUAACUACUGCAGGCUGUGCAGGCUGCUGACUGGGGGCUGCUUUGAAGAUCAGAGAGGACCCUGAGUGAUCUGUCAGAAGGGCUUUACUAAAGCCUGGAGUGACUCUGAGCCUGAGCUCACAGAGCACUAAUUCUGUCUGCACUGGCUGUGGGCACAUGGUCCUGGUUCUGAUGCACCGCUCAGAGUACACGGGGAAACUUCUGCACCAGCUGCAGAGGGUGAGACAACACCUGUGUGGAAGAAAGCCUGGAAAAAACUCACCAAUGCUAACCAUGUCUUUGGGUUCAUCUACACAAGGACCAAAAAGAAGUACUGAGUGUUUGGAAAGCCAAGAACUGCAGACUCCAUCAUCAUUUCAAGAUAACCCUCUUCAACAAUUACAGUUAGCAUCCCAGGAAGUGCUGGAAAAGGCAAAAAAGAGUGGCAGAUCAAAAUGCCCCCGAUGCAGUAGUUCAAGGAUGUUCUAUUGUUAUACAUGCUUUGUUCCUGUUGAAACUGUCCCUACCAAAGAAAUUCCAACUGUGAAGUUACCUUUGAAGAUUGACAUUAUCAAGCACCCAAAUGAAACAGAUGGCAAGAGCACUGCUGUGCAUGCAAAGCUCCUGGCACCUGAUGAUGUUACAAUUUAUAAAUACCCUUGCAUUCCAGAAUAUGAAGAAAAGAGACAUGAAAUAGCACUUAUAUUUCCUGGCCCCAAUUCGGUUUCAGUAAAAGAUAUUGCUUUCCAUCUCCAAAAGUACACUAAAAAAGGUGUCUGUAAUAGUGAUGAUGACUGUUCCAAAGAACCAGUUCUUAAGCAAGCAAAAAUAGAACCUAAAGAAGAAGAAAGUCCAAACGAAUGCAUCCCAAGCAGCAGGAAUGAAGGCACUGGACUGAAGAAAAUAAUAUUUAUUGACAGUACCUGGAACCAAACCAACAAGAUAAUAACUGAUGAACGACUUCAAGGGUUGCUACAAAUUGAGUUGAAGACAAGGAAAACUUGUUUUUGGCGUCAUCAGAAGGGAAAGCCAGACACGUACCUCUCCACAAUAGAAGCCAUUUAUUAUUUCCUUGUGGACUAUCAUCAGGAAAUUUUGAAAGAGAACUACAAAGGACAAUAUGAUAACCUGCUUUUUUUCUUUUCAUUUAUGUACACAUUGAUUAAAAAUGCCAAGUGUUGUGCAGGAAAAGAAUAAGAUGUCUGUCUAUAGGUGCAUGACACAACUUUUUUUUGUAGUGAUAAACUGCACAGACAUAACUAGUUUUGUCUGACUGAAAUCUGGAAAUAGAUUGUACAAUGGCUACAGUGUUUGUCCAGAAGCAACCUGCAGACCUCAUCCUUCACACUUGAGGUUGCAGAACUACUCAGAUGAGCACUCUAGUCAGAGUUACUUUUUUUGAAAACAGUUACACUUUGCUGAAUCUUGCUGGAUUUCAUCCUACAGGUGUGAUGUGCUCACUGUGAUGAGCACCGUUCCUGAGGUGGGGAUAGGAGGACUUGCCAUAAGGAGUGAUCCCUCUAACUGUAAAAAUGAAUUAACUUGCUAGCUUUUUAUCGUUACUAAUAGUUCAUGUCAGGUGUUUUCUUUUUGUUUUACACAGUAAUAAGGAUUUCACUUUCAUGACAUCAAAAGCUUACAGAAAUUAAUAGGGUGGUAUUUAAUUGAAGUGAGUUGCACCAAUACAAAAUGAAAGAGCACAUUAAUUGAAUACAAAUUCUGUACUUUCAAAAUUAAGUCUGGAAAAUUAUUCUACUAAUAAAAAUGGUCUCUUUAAA